AUGAUUCAAAUUCCUCCUAACGAGUUACAUAUUCAAAUCUUGAAAUAUGUUGUCACUGAAACAAAUUUUGAGAAAUUUUGUGCUUUACGAACUGUUUGCAAAAAGUGGAACUCAUUUGUUCCUUUGGUAAUAUACGAAGCUGUUAUCUAUAAAUUAAGUUCUGGCUUAAAACUUAAGUUAACAUGUGAUGAAAAGAAUAAAAUAGUGUGGUCUAAAAAAUUAUCACCAACCUAUUGCGAUUCUACAAAGGCUUUUACAUUCUUAUUCGAUCAAACUGAAGACACUUCUAUUUUUAACUGUUAUCAAGAAAGCCCUAAAGAUUUUAUACUUACAGCAUACCUGGAAAAAAGUGAAGAUGUAUUGUUUCCACUUGAGCUUGGAGCUAAGUUCAAAGGCCCUGCUUCACCUCAGGUUAUAAAUGAUGAUAUAUUUAAAUAUGAAUUCGAUUGUCAAAAUAACCUGUGCUUUAAAUGGGAAACUAAAGUUGAAGAGGGUAAUGUCAUAAACCACAUAAGACUUUAUAGUUUCACCAUUGCAGCCUGGAAGCUCUGCUAUAUUUUGGAUUGUCUCGUAUAUAAUAG